AUGCUAUAUUCUAACGGCAGUCUAACCAGGAAAAUCCCUAAAGAAUCUUGCUCCACGUUUUUUCGUGGAAGAAGUGUUAUUGUGCAAGGUGUUCCAACAAACACAGACACUGAUUAUGCAGACCAUGAUAUCCUGGAGUGGAUUGAACUUGAAGCUGACAUAUUGGCCCAAAAAGCGGCACGAUUAUCUAAGAAGGACGGGGAUUCCAAACCCCAGCUAAUAAAGAUAACAUCCCCAUCCUCCCGGAUGGCGGCUGCCACUCUCGAAGCAUCCCGUGCCGACAGACGCCGGUUACCAUCUGGAAUCCGUAUGCAUCGGGACAGGCCACAUGACGCAAUUCAGCUAACCUUAUUUUUACCUAUCAAAUCCUGA